GAUACUGGGAAUGGCAACUGCAGCUCCCUGAGCACUCUCUAUGCAGAGAUGGGGAUCCCAGACAUGAGGAGCCUUCUCAUGGUCACCAGCCUUUUGGCUGUGCUGUUGUGGGGGGCCGGUGUAGCCCCAGCACCCAAGGUCCCUGUCAAGGUCCAAGUCAAACACCAGCCCUCAGAGCAGGAUGCAGCAAAGGCCUGGGGUGCCCGUGUGGUGCAGCCAACAGAGAAGGACAGCCAGCUGGUGGGGGUGCUCCCCAUCCAGAAGCCGAAGCUCUUGGCUGCUGAGGAGAAGCCACCAGGCACGAAGGCCUGGGUGGAGACCAAGGACAUCCUGGGCCAUGUCCUGAGCCCCCAGCAGGUUCCUGAGCCCAGCCUUGACAGCCUGUACCACCCUCUGCCUAAGGAGGACCAGGGCGAGGAGGGGCCCUGGUUGUGGGUGAUGCCAAAUCACCAGGGACCAGAGGAGGACCAAGACCUCCUCUACCACCCUGAGUAGAGCUCCAGGGGGCAU